AUGAAUUCUGAAAGAAUGAUUAAAGAAAUGUAUGUUGACAAUUCAAAUCAUUCACUAUACAAUUCCAAUUCUAGAACCAACAACAACGAUUUUGGCAGUCAUGCUCCUGGAAUUAAGAAAGCGAUGAUGAUGCUUGAAGUUCAAUUUGGACGUUCAAAUGCAUCACCGAUUAAUAAUAAUCAUAUUAAUGAUGUCAUCAACACCAAUAAGAUGACGAUGAUGAAUGCUUAUCCUAAUCCGUAUCAUCAUGGUCUCCAUGCAGGUUCAUCAUCGCAAUCUCGAGGAUUGACAUCUCAAAAGAUUAAUGUUGAUGUUGCAGAUGGUGAUGAUGUUGAGGUUGGUAACAAGAACAACAUGAAGAGGAAGAAGGACAAUAUUGACGAUGGUAGAAUCCACAGUUUACCAUUCAAGAAACAUGGACCGUACACAUGUUCAAAGUGUUAUAAAGUAUUGGAUACAUCCCAAAAAUUUGCUAAUCAUGUAGCAUCCGCUCACUAUAAGCUUGAAAGUGAAGAAGAGAGAAAAAAGAGAUACAUGUCAAGGAUUCGUAAGAGAUCAAAUCUUAAGAUUCAAAAGCUUAAUAAUGGAACAACUACUUUAGUCCCGGUUGCCACUUCUUCUAAUCGAUUACAUGCCUCUUUUUCUAAUCGGUUCAAUGUUGCAACUUCUUCUAAUCAGUUUCAUGCCUCUUCUUCUAAUCGGUUCAAUGUUGGCACUUCUUCUAAUCAUUUUCAUGCCCCUUCUUCUAAUCGGUUUAAUGUCGGUACUUCUUCUAAUCAGUUCCAUUCCCCUUCUUCUAAUCAGUUCAAUGUUGGUACUUCUUCUAAUCAGUUCCAUGCCCCUUUUUCUAAUCGAUUCCAUGCCUCUUCUUCUAAUCGAUUCAAUGUUGCAACUUCUUCUAAUCCGUUUCAUGUAUCUUCUUCUAAUCGGUUCAAUGUCGGUACUUCUUCUAAUCAGUUCCAUGCCCUUUCUUCUAAUCGAUUUCAUUCCUCUUCUUCUAAUCGAUUCAAUGUUGCAACUUCUUCUAAUCAGUUCCAUGUCUCUUCUUCUAAUCGGUUUAAUGUUGAUACUUCUUCUAAUCGGUUCAGUGUUUCUUCUAUCAAUGAUGAUGAUGAUAAGAGUCUGGUUGCUCUCCUUCCCCCUCAAGUGAAAGUCAAAUUGGAGCCUAAAGAUAAUUAA